CAUGCAACAGCUUUGUUACCUUCUUUCUCUCACAAUUGUGAAUUGUGGUUCCCACAUGUCCCUAAAGUCCUCACUUUCUUUUUCUUGCUGCCACUUCCCUCCUUUACCAUAACAAUACUGGUUUAAUUUGCUAGCUUGCUAUGUGAAUGUAAUAUAUAUGCACAAGUGCACCUAAAUAUUUCAGAAAGAAUUAAGGAGAGAUAGAUAGAGUGAUUGUAUGUAUAGAUGGGAAGCUACUGGGUUCAUGUGUGUUUAUUUAUGAUAUUAUUAAUGGUCAUAAUAGGAGUCACGAGAGGAAAUAAUGAAGAUGCAGAGGUGACUUAUGAUGGAAGAUCUCUUAUCAUUGGUGGCCAUAGGAAAAUUCUCUUCUCUGGUUCCAUUCACUAUCCCCGCAGCACUCCUCAGAUGUGGCCAGAUUUGAUAGCGAAAGCAAAAGAAGGAGGGCUGGACGUUAUUCAAACCUAUGUAUUUUGGAAUAUCCAUGAACCCCAACCCGGCCAGUAUGAUUUCAGCGGCAGAUACGAUUUAGUGAGAUUUAUAAAGGAGAUUGAAGCUCAAGGGCUAUAUGUGUGCCUCAGAAUUGGACCUUACAUCGAAAGUGAAUGGACAUACGGGGGAUUCCCAUUUUGGUUACAUGAUGUUCCUGACAUUGUUUACCGAACCGACAAUGAACCGUUCAAGGCGUACAUGCAAAAUUUUACGACGAAAAUAGUGAGCAUGAUGCAAUCAGAGGGCUUAUAUGCUUCUCAAGGAGGUCCAAUUAUAUUAUCGCAGAUUGAGAACGAAUAUCAAAACAUAGAACAUUCAUUUGGAGAAGAAGGAAGCAGGUAUGUUAGUUGGGCUGCUGAUAUGGCUGCCUCCCUCCAAACUGGCGUACCUUGGGUUAUGUGCAAGCAAACCGACGCUCCUGAUCCACUGAUUAAUGCAUGUAAUGGAAUGAGAUGUGGCGAAACCUUUACUGGACCGAAUUCCCCCAAUAAGCCCGCACUCUGGACAGAAAAUUGGACUUCUUUCUAUCAAGUUUAUGGUGGUAAGCCGUACAUAAGGUCUGCAGAAGAUAUUGCAUUCCAUGUCACUCUUUUUAUUGCAAGAAAAAAUGGAAGCUAUGUCAACUACUAUAUGUACCAUGGAGGAACUAAUUUUGGGAGAUCAAGCUCAGCCUAUGUUAUAACAUCUUAUUAUGAUCAAGCUCCACUUGAUGAAUAUGGUCUAUUAAGACAACCCAAGUGGGGCCAUCUUAAGGAGAUGCAUGCUGCAAUUAAAUCUUGUUCUACCACCUUACUGCAAGGGAUGCAGAAGAAUUUCACCUUAGGUGAACUGCAGGAGGGUUAUGUUUUUGAAGAAGAAGAAGAAGACGGAGGAUGUGUUGCUUUCCUUGUAAAUAAUGACAGUGUGAAUAAAGUUACUGUUCAAUUCCAAAACAGAUCAUACGAAUUGCCACAAAAAUCAAUAAGUAUCCUACCAGAUUGCCAAAAUGUCACUUUCAAUACUGCAACUGUAAAUACUAACAGCAACACAAGAGUAAUAAAUCCAGUACAAACCUUCAGCUCUGCUGACAAAUGGGAUCAAUUUCAAGAUGUCAUCCAAAACUUUGAUGACACUUGCUUAAUAUCAGACUCACUACUCGAGCAUAUGAACCUAACCAAAGACAAUACGGAUUACCUUUGGUAUACUCUAAGGUUUGAACAAAAUUCGCCUUGCAGUGAAGCAAUACUUCAUCUUAAGUCUGCUGCUCAUGUUGCCCAUGCUUUUGUGGACGAUACAUACAUAGGAGGGGCUCAUGGAAAUCACAAUGACAAGUCUUUCAUCUUAGAGGUCCCCGUUGAACUAAAUGAAGGGACACACAAUAUUUCUAUUCUCAGCGUUAUGGUUGGACUCCCGGAUUCAGGGGCAUUUCUUGAAAGAAGGUUUGCUGGUUUAACCACAGUGGAAAUUCGGUGUAGCGAAGAGUCCCAUGACUUGACCAAUGCUACAUGGGGAUAUCAGGUAGGAUUACUGGGGGAGAAGUUAGAAAUAUAUGAAGUACAGAAUAGCGAUUCUAAUGAAUGGUGUGAACUAGGGGACAACCCUACUAAUCAGACACUCGUUUGGUACAAGAAUGUAUUUGAUUCACCUGAGGGAGAUGAGGCAGUUGCACUGAACCUCGAGUCAAUGGGAAAAGGCGAAGCUUGGGUGAAUGGACAAAGCAUUGGUCGCUAUUGGGUCUCAUUCCAUGAUUUCAAUGACCAACCUUCUCAAACACUGUACCACGUGCCGCGGUCGUUCCUUAAGGACAGCGGAAAUGUUUUGGUUUUGUUUGAGGAGGGAGGUGGAAAUCCUCUUCGUAUCUCACUCAACACUGUUUCUGUUUCUCUUUCAUCCUCAUAGAGAUGCCUGUUUUUCUCUGUAAUGUUCUUCAAAUUUCGACACACAGAUUGAUUCUUUGUGAUAUCCAAAUUAACAUCAACGCAAUAAAAAGAAAUAAGACGAGAAUGUCCCAUAUUAAACGGAACUAAGA